AUGUACGCAACGCCCCCUAUCCGCAUGUACGGCGCGGGAGCCAAGGAAGCCGCCGACGCCCGCCUCCUCGACGAGGUCAGGAGCCGUCGUGCCGCGACCGCCACCACCAAGACCAACGUCGUCGCCGCCACCGCCAAGGCCGCCCACCUCGAGUCCGCCGCCGGCAUCCAAGAGCAACUCGUGGAGCUCCGCCGCCGCCGCCAGUUCCUCGAGGAAGAGCUGAAGAAGAACAAGGCGGCUGAAGAGACUUUGCUCCGCAAAGCAGAUCGGGCUUCGGCCAUGAAGAAGACUGUGGGUGGGUUGGCGGAGAAGAAAGAGGAGAGGGAGAGGAGGAGACAGGCGGCUUUCGAGCAGAAGAGGAGGGAGGGGGAGAUGGGGAAGGGGCCGGUGGGCGUGGUGAAGAGGUCGCCGCAGAAGGCGGCCUGGAAGGGCAAGUUCAAGGACUUGUAG